CAAAUCCUGACGUUUAAAAUUCAGAGUCCAAAAGCUUCGUGCUGCGCUUCCCAACAAAAUCUCCGAUGGACACGGACGUAAUCCAGAAGUUGGCGCUCGCCGUCGACCCACCGGACGAGGACUUCGAUCCGGACCUGCAGCCGGAGACGGGCGAGCAGUACCUGCAGAAGGUAAUGUACGAGCGCAAAAAGUGUCCCUCCGUGGUCGUGGUCAGACCGAGCCCGAAACGGCGCCUGCAAGCCUCCGGCAGUGGGAUCGUUCCGGCCAGUUCGGUCCGCAACCGUGCGCACCGAAUGCUGAUUCCGACCAAGGAGUGGGAAGCGAUGCAGAUUCAAAAGUUUGCCGAACUGAGGGACACCAUCACCGGCUACCGGAACAGCGCCCAGUACCAGGAAAAUUUGCAGCGGACGCAGAUCUUUCUGUGCUUUGAAAAUCGGAAGCAGCUGCACGAGUACUGUGCCAACAACCAGCCCUUUGUGCGGAUUCUGCUGAGCAUCCCCCAGCGGAACCUGGAGAUUCUGCUCGAGUACCUGUUCGAGUGGCUGCAGGGCGAUGGCGAAUCGCAGCAGGAAGAAUCGGGUGGGACCGCGGUGGCAGCCAGCAGCGAAUGGAUCACCCAGUGGAUCUAUGCCAUUCUGGCCUGUAUCAUUACGCCGCUCGAGCCGUACGUGCACAGCGUCCUGCGGGAUAUCGCCAAGACGUGCAUCGCGGCCCGGAACGAGCUGACCGCCGAGGACGAGCUGAAGGCUUUUCUAGUUGAACAAGUUUGUUACUUUUUCGAACGUUGAUUUUUUUAAUAAAUUUCUUGAAGGUGUACUUAAAGUUCAAUUUAUCAAAUAAAUGGUUGAGUUCACAUAGUUAAAUAACUAGAAAGGUUUACUUUUAUCUCGUUUUUUUUAUUUUGGUGUUUUUAUUACCGGUAUUCAUUUGUUUUACUUAACUGCCUUAAAUAGUUACGUUUCGUUAAUUGUUAGUAAGGUAAAAAGUCGGUACUGAUUUCAUCAUAGCACAGUAUCAUAAUUCGUAAUGGUACACUGGUUUCAAUUUGGGGGUGCGUCCUAAGGGAAGGAAUCUGUGGAGGAGGAGCGGACGUGGGA